CAUGUAAAAGUCCCCCCUCUUUCCACACAAUCUUUUCUAUGAUCCCAAACAGCCAUUUCAACGUUUAAAGUUGCUCACAAAAGUUCCUUACCUUCCAAACUUACCUGACCAUGGCAACCCAAGCAGGUCUCCUCACCCCCACUACCAUCACCACCCCAAAAUCGAGGAGCCUCACUCUAGUGCCAUGGAAACCAUCCUCAUUCUCCUCAUUUUCUACCUCUAAGCCCAUCAACAGAGCCAUCAAAGCCAUGGCUGAAGAAAAAACUGAAGCUCCUGUCAAGGAGGCUCCAGUGGGCUUCACCCCACCUGAGUUGGACCCCAAUAUGCCAUCGCCAAUCUUCGGUGGAAGCACCGGAGGAUUGCUAAGAAAGGCACAAGUUGAAGAAUUCUAUGUUAUCACUUGGGAAUCCCCUAGGGAACAGAUCUUUGAAAUGCCAACUGGUGGUGCUGCUAUAAUGAGGCAAGGGCCUAAUUUGCUUAAGUUGGCUAGGAAAGAGCAGUGCUUGGCACUGGGCACCAGAUUGAGAUCAAAGUACAAGAUUAAGUACCAAUUCUACAGAGUGUUUCCUAAUGGGGAGGUCCAAUAUCUUCACCCAAAAGAUGGUGUUUAUCCUGAAAAGGUGAACCCAGGUCGCCAAGGGGUGGGGCAGAACUUCAGAUCAAUUGGGAAAAAUGUUAGUCCCAUUGAAGUUAAGUUCACUGGAAAGCAAGCUUAUGACUUGUGAAGUUAGAGGUGGUUUGUGAUAUGAUGUGAUGGUCAUUAUUUGGUUCUGCAGCUUCUACUUGUUUUGUAUCUCUUUUUCUUCAAGGAAACAUAUCUUGUUUGUUUUUGAAGAAAUGUGAAUGAGUGGAAAAUUUGUAGAAUUGGAAUGAAAUCCAGGGGAGAACUUUCUUGAUUGACACUCACCAUGUUCCUUGUUCA